GUUCCUCUGUUGGUGCGCUGUCGGUUUGUUCCGACGAUUCUGUUCGGACGGCGACGACGCGCGUACUCCUGGUGCACUCGGUGCGAGUGUGUGUGUGUGUCGUAUUCCUGCAAUUUGAAUUUAAUAAUAAUUGUUAAUACGAAAGUACCUUCCGAACGCGGUGCUGCGGGUGUGCUACUUUACGUUUUCAUCAUGUUUUUCUGUUUGAUUUUGUUGGAAAUGACUCGCUUUUGUGUUUUCUAUAAAGAAUUAUAACGGUAGUGGAUCUAGCGUUAGUGAAUUUAUUUAUUGUAAUUUUAAGGUACAACUAUCCUGAUAAGAAAAAGUUCCUUCAACUAAGUGCUGUGAUAUUUCAACUGGAACGAAUAAUUACACCUGUGAUAUUAUAAUUUAUUACCUUAAUUUAUUGGAAAAUGAUUAGACAAUGACGAACAGCAAUCAAGAUACAUUGGAAGAAGUUUGCGUGGAGAGCGGUCGGAAUGGGGAUCAGUUCGAGAAGCUCCUGGGAAGCAGGUGCCAAACGGCGCCGACGUUGCCGGCUCUGUUGCCAGCGGCGCAGAUCUGCGGAAAAGGCUUGGAGAGUCGGAGAAAGUCCGAUAACAGCCUGCUGGACUCGCUGAAUAAACUGAGAUACUCCUUCAGCUCCAAGGAGGGUCCCAUUCAAUUCAAUAGCAGGCUAAACAGAUUCAGGCAAUCUCGAUUCAACGCUAGAAGGAUUAGGAAACGAGUGGUCUUCAAGCACGGCGAUUGUAACGUGGUGCAAGGCAACGUAGCCAAGAGACGUCGAAAGUACCUCCAAGACAUCUUCACGACGCUGGUGGACGCCCAAUGGCGUUGGACACUUCUAGUAUUCGCCCUGAACUUCCUCCUCUCCUGGCUGUCCUUCGCCGUAGUCUGGUGGCUCAUCGUAUUUACCCACGGUGAUCUCCUCGAGGAGCAUGUUAAUGGAACCGAACCUUGGGUGCCUUGCAUUACGAAUGUGCGCGGCUUCACGUCAUGCUUCCUUUUCAGUAUUGAAACUCAACAUACCAUCGGCUACGGAGGUAGAACCACCACGGAGGAAUGCCCUGAAGCCAUUUUCGUUAUGUGCAUUCAAAGUAUUACCGGCGUCAUGAUUCAGGCAUUUAUGGUCGGCGUGGUGUUCGCGAAGCUCUCCAGGCCCAAGAAGAGGACGCAAACGUUGAUGUUUUCGAGGCACGCCGUCAUCAACCAUCGAGACGGGGUGCCCUGUCUCAUGUUCCGAGUGGGCGAUAUGAGAAAGAGCCAUAUCAUAGAGGCGCACGUCAGGGCGCAACUGAUUAAGCACAAAGUUACCAGAGAAGGAGAAAACUUACCCUUCUUCCAGACGGAGUUGAAGGUAAGUGAAAAAGUUGGUGGCGAUGGGGAAGAGGACAAGAUAUUUUUUAUAUGGCCUACGACUAUAGUUCACAAAAUCGACUGCAAUUCGCCGUUUUACAAUAUGUCGGCGAACAAUCUGCUCAGGGAAAGAUUCGAAAUUGUAGUUAUAUUAGAAGGGGUAAUCGAAUCGACAGGAAUGACGACUCAAGCUAGAUCCAGCUAUCUUCCGUCUGAAAUUUUGUGGGGCCACAGAUUUCAGUCUCUUAUCACCUUCAAGAAGGAUUCCGGGGAGUACGAGGUGGAUUAUGCACUCUUUAACAACACCGUGGAAGUGGACACUCCUUUGUGCAGCGCCAGGGAACUGGACGAAAGAAGGGCUCUGUACAAUCACGAAGGAAUAGAAGAAAAACCUAAAUUUUUGACGACGGGCCAGUGUCGCAUAAACGGUUUGUUCCCGUCGGUUCGUUCGCACUCCAGUGAUACGUUGUCCAGCAUGGACUCGCUUUCCAUCGACGACGGGCACAUAGAAAUGAAAAUUCCGAUCAGUCCGAUACCAGUGACGGUCACGGCUCCGGAGGAACAGCUUUUCGAUGAGACGGUGCCGUUGAAGAACGGGACGUUGAAGAACCAUUCGAAUAUCAUACCGCCUGUUUAGGGUUAGAUAAUAGGGACGGUUUGUUCCUAUCACCGGCCGAAAACAAUCCGGGAUCCUGUGUAUUGGUGGUUUUAUUUUUUAUUUUGAGAGAUGGAAUGUUUGAAGAAAUUUAGAAUUUUACCGUUGUAGAUUUUAAAUCGUCCUGUCGAAAUUUGCAUACAGAAGAAUUUAGUUUGGUAAAUAGGAAUUUAUUCUGAACAUUUUGUCUCUUUUUGAUACAGCAUUAUUACGCUUAAGUGUUUUUUUAACUUUAAUAAUAUGGUCGUAAAAAUGAAUCGGUAAUUGUUGCUGGUUAUUGUCCCGUUUCAAAUGAAAGGGUUGAUUAUAUUAAGUUUAAAUUUCUGGUUUAUUUUUAGGCAAUUACACUUACGUUCGAUUAGUAUAAUUUCAGGAAUAAAAUAUCUUUCAAUUUUCUGUCAAAAUUGAUGGAAGCAGGGUACAACAUAGUGAAGAUUUACCGAAAAUUUUUCACGUGUUUGUAACUUGCUGUUGAUUGUUACCUAAACAAUUUUUAAAUAAUGAUAUUGUUGCACGAUGUGUACCCGUUUUUUGUAUUAUUUCAAUUUUAUAAAGGAUUUAUUUUUAUAUAUCACUGACUAUACUGGAAAAUAUUUAGUUUGUAUUAAUCCGAAAAUUGCAAUUUUAAUGUUAUCUGAAGUUUUUGGACAUUCAAAAAGGAUCAUUAGUUAAGUUGUUUAUUUAUUUUAUUCAUCGAUAAUUGCAUUUUAUAAUUUUCAAAAAAGCUGUUUAUUUAAAUGAUACAAUAAAAUUUGAUAUUAACAUUGAAAUUGCCAGGCAAUUUAGAAUAUAUGGUGGUUCCAUAUUUACUGAAACCAAUGAUUUUUUUAAUUUCUAAUGUUAAAAAAUAGAAAUAGAUAAUUUUAUUAAAGUGGCUAAUAAUUUCAGUUCUGGAUAUUAAAAUAUUAUUUUCAUUGAUGCAUUUAUUUACACACAAUACGUAUUUAAUUUUUACAUAAACACUUGUGCAAUUAUAAAUCAUCGUGCGACGAAUUCAUUUUUAUUGCAGUUAGUAGAAAAACUAGAAAAUUGUAAGCAUUUGUUCCCUUCAACACAUAUUUAUUUUGAUUUCCAAACGUCGUCUUUCCGAGUAUUAUUUAUUUAUUUUCGUAAAGUACUUAAUUUUUUAAUUUCUAGUUAAGCAAAUACUGUAAAUUAUAAACAUGUAGUGCCAUACUAUUUUGUAAACCGUUUUUUACCAAUUAAAUAUGUUGUCAAAAGUU